UUUUUCAUACUAUAAUUAUUAUUAAAAAUAAAUAAAUAAAAUUAACGCGUCAUUACAUAUUGUCAGUACAAAGUAAACUAUCAAACAAUAAAGAGAUUAUUUACUGCAAAAAAAUUAUAAAUAAAUUGUAAAUAUAAACUAUUUGUGGAAAUUAUUUGUGAUAAGAUAAAUUGAGGUCACAGAUAAUAAAAUUACAGAGUAAUUUUAUUUUUAAAAAAUAAAUGAAAUUUUAAAAAUCCAGAGAAGACAACAAAUAAAAAAAAAGAUCCGAUGAAUAUUCAAAAAUAAAAACCAAUGGAAAGUUUAAAAAAUAAUAAUUGUCAGCAACGAAUUAAUCAGAACAUUCAAAUAGAUUAUUGUAGAUGGAAGGUAUCGCAACAACACAACAAGAGACAUGACGUUUUAAAAAAUACUAGUGUCGAGAGCAAAUGAUUAUUAUAUUGACUGGGUACUGUCCUCGGCACGUCGGUGUACUCUACUGAAGUCUCCAUCAGCCUCAGUACACCAUCACCGGUGUACAAUCUGUUGUUACUCCGUAGGAGACUGAUACCCCUGACAUAUUCUUCGAGGACAAGCCUUGGUUUGUUAUUUGUUGGUUCUUAGUUGUCUUCUCGCAGUCACUCUAGACUCUUCUUAUCACUUUAUUAUUAUUUGUUAUCAUGGAAAAGCAAGACGUAUUCACAAAUUUACAUUACUUACCUAUUUUUAUGUUUAUUGCAUUACCUGCUAGUUUUAUUAUCACGUAUAUUAUUGCUGUUAUCAACGGUCAUGUCGUACCAGGAUUUCCUUAUAUUUCGGACACUGGAACUUUUCCACCAGAAAGUUGUUUGUUCGCUCAAUUUUUGAAUAUAAUUGCUGUUAUUAUGUGUAUUACAAUAUAUAUUAGAUACGCUCAAAUAAAAGAAAUUUCUUCAACUUAUCAGUUAUCAACAUACUGGCAAAAAUUAAAUAAAAUUUCAUUAAUUGUCGGGAUAAUAUCAACUAUCGGAAUGUCGAUAGCAGGAAAUUUUCAAGAAACGUCUAAUCUAAUCAUCCAUUUAAUUGGCGCUGUUUUAUGUUUUGGCGGCGGGACUGUUUAUAUUUGGCUACAAGCAGUUUACUCAUACAGACUAAAUCCUUUAGGCUGUUCACCUAAAAUAACAAAUUUAAGACUGGUCUUAUCGAUUUUUUGUACUAUUUGUUUCUUCGUUGUUUUUAUCGCAGCUGCACUUGCAGCCAAGGAUUUUAAAGGAAAUAAUCCAAGGAUAUGGUCAAAAGAUGACGGCGGUUGGGAAAUGCAUCUUUUGAGUACAAUUACCGAGUGGCUUUGUGCGAUUGCCAUAUGUAUAUUUAUUUUAAGUUUUACUAACGAAUUUCGUGAAAUAGAAUUACAUUAUCCUAAGAUUUAUUACAAAGAAGACUAUACAAAAAAAAUCUACGGUGUAUUUAACGCAACGCCAGAUUCAAUAAGUCCAACAACAAGUAUUUGAUCUCUCAUACAAAGUUCCCGUGGUCACAUGAAUCUUUUACCAGAUUCUCCAAUAAAUACUCCGUACGUCGAAAUUCACAGUCACGACACUCCAUCACGGGACUCUGAAUCUUCUCGACUGCUCAAUGUCCAAAUGACUUAUGGGUUUAAAAGUGAUGCUGGUUAUCGCCCGGCAGUUUACCAAACAUUUGACUCUGCCAGUACACAAAUAAACUCAACAACUGAUAAUAUAAAAAUUCACAAUCACAAUCAUAAUUACUCAUCAUCAUCAAUAACAACCGAAUCAAAUCAACCUUCCCCAGCAUAUUCGCCAAUAUGCAACAAAACUUACGACAUUUUACCCUCAGAAACGAGUGAGAAUGAUAAAUAUUAUAAUUACAGUGAUAACAAUCCAGUAGAAAUAAAUUCUUCCACAAAUUAUGAGUUGCCUAUCAGUAACACUGAUGAAGAAAAAAAUUUAAAUAAUCACUCGAGUAGUUGCGAGUCAAAUAAUUACGAUUACAAUGAAAUUUAUUCCCCAGAUAUUUUAAAUGACGAUGAGAAAAAACUGUUGAGUCUCGAUAGCAUUGAAAUAAAAAGUAUAAUAAAUAGUAAUAGCAGCGAUAAUUCGAUAGCUACUUCAAUAAAAAGUGAUGACGAUAUUGAUAAUGAAUUGAGUGGAUGUGAUAUCGAGCAGUGCCUAAUGCAAAUUGAAGAAAGCCUACUAAAUAUUGAACAAAAUUUACUGCACGUUCAAAAUCUUGAAAUACCACAGCUUAAUAAUUUAUUGAAUAAUCGUUUUAUUAUAAAUAAUCACAAUAGUAAUAACGAUAAUCAUAAAAAAAAAUUAAAUGGUCUAAAUUAUAAACGGCCUUGUAGUGAAAAUUCAAAGUAUAAUUACAAUAAUUAUUACCUUGAUAAUAAAUUAUUAAUAAAUAAUUACAUAAGACUUUCACACUCAGACAGUGAUAUUGAUAUUGAAAAAAAUAUAUAUUUUAAUUCACCUAAACGUGAUUGUUUAGAUAAUAAUGACUCCACUUACAGUAAAUAUUCGUCAUUAUUAAAAAAAUCUCAGACAUUGAUCGAGGAUAAUUUUAAAAAAAUUCAAUUACUCAAUGAAAUAAAAAGUGAUUUUAUAAAUUUUAAUUCUUGUAAUAAUGAUAAUAAUUUAGGGAAAUCUGUUAAGUUGAUAAAUGAUAAAAAUUUAUUCAAUUCAUUUGAUAACAAUUAUGAUUAUGAUGACGAUGAUUAUUUGGACACUAAUAAAAAACGUAUUAAUUCAUUGAGUAAUUAUUUUUUAAAAAGCAGUGUGUCAAGUUCGUCGUCAAUUAAUUGCAGAAAAACAUCAUCGCAGGGUGCUAUUGAAAAGUAUAGGCGUGAUAAUGAAUUUAAAGUGCGAAAAAAAAAACUUAAGGUUUGUAGAAGUAUUAAUAUAUCGAGUGAUGGUUUAUUCGAUGACAUUAAUUGCAAGAAGAGUGACAAGUUACGAAAAAAAUUCAAAACUAUCGCAACUACUAAGGACAUUAUGAUGUCGUUUAAGAAAUUAAAAGUUAGUGACAAUGGGAGUAAAAGUAGAAAUUUUGUUAUUAAAGACAUUGAUGAUAAUUUGCGGGAAGAGAGUAAAGGUGAUGAUGAUAAAAAAAAAUUGAUUGAUAAUAACAAGUGCGCGAAUAAAAAUAAAUCGCUGCAAUCUCAUGAUAAUAAUGCCCUUGUACCCAGUAAAUUAUUGUCAUUGUCUUUUUCAUUGUUAUUAGCGGCUUUACUUCAAGCGGUGCGUUGUCUUGCUGACAUUGUUGAGGAUACAUUUCGCUCAGUAACUUUUGAUAAAUAUGCAUUACAUGAAUAGUUAUUUUUUUUUUCUAAAUAUUUAUUU